GUCACUUAUAUUGCCAAAUCAUUAGGCUUUAUUAAAGAAAGGGUUGCUGCUGAAAGUGGACCACUUCUGUUACAGUGUUGCAUUAUAGAAAACUCUGUGCAAUGAAAACAAUGACAUCUGCUGCACUUUCAUUCAUACUUUUUCUCUGCUCUUUGAGCUACAGUUUGGCAUCCAAGCAGCAGGAUGUCUAUGAGGAUCUCUGGAAUUGGAACGUGGACAUCGCAAAAAAGACUCUCCAUGUCGACUUCCUGCAGCAAAUGCAAACCAACAGCCUGCAAGCUGAGCGCUACAUCAACUUCACCUUGCAGGACAUCAACUAUGUGCUAGAGGUUACCAAUAUGCUGAAGAUAAUGAGCAAGAAGGUCAGAAAACCGGAAGACAUCAGAGACUUCAUAACAGGAAGAUACACAAGUUACAAGUCAUUCUUGGACGUGUUACUUCAGCAAUAUUUCUUUAAGGAUACCCCUCCUAUCAAACCAACUCCAGCCAUGAAGAAAUAUCUGGAAACUUACCAUGCAGUGAUGAAGAAAGAUCCUAUCUACUUUGCUGUGGCUCUCCUGCCCUGCUCCAGGCUCUGGGUGUGGCUGGCUAACAAUCUGAACAUACCUGAAACCAAUGCCUACUACACAUGGAAAGUAGACAAUACGGGUGGCCACCCUGAAAAGCAUUACAAAGCUUUACUGAACAAAUAUCUAGACACAAAAAAAAAGAUAAAUACUGCCAAUGCGCUGUUCCGCAAGCAAAUGCAGAAUGAACAUGACUUCUUUGCCACUUCUUGAGUUGAUCAUAUUGUAAAUUUGGCAGGCUUAUCCUUUUUUCUACUCAACAGGUUUGUCCUUUACUUGAAUUAUAUAAAUAUGUUUAAUUAACAAACAGUUCAACUCUCACAAAAUUAGCUGCCACUUUUUUUAUUGCCUUUGUCAUUAAUGUUAAUGAUUUAAGUGAGCAAAGUUCUUGUUUUAAGGCUUAAGACAUGUUUUCAUUUUAAAAUGUAACAUUUGUGUAAUUAAAAAAGUAUAUAUUAAAAUACUUCAUAGUAUGCCUUACUAUGGACUAAAUCAUG